ACCCAAGGAGGCGACCGGCGCUGCUGCCCCGCUGCCGCUCGCUCACUCACACACAUCACACUGACACACACACAUCUGCCCGUGCGUGCGCCUCUCGCUCCCGCACUGGAGUCAGUGCUUGUGCCUGCAGGUUGCUCAGACCUCAAAUCUAAGGGAAAAGCUCAGCGUUUGCGUCGCUGCUCCUGCCGCCUGUGGUGGUAGCGGUGAAGAAGAGAGGGGGUUGUGGGUUUUUUUUUUUGCUUGGUGGCUUUAUUUCCCCCUUGAAUUCAAUGGAUCUGAACUUGGAGCCUUUAGACCUCGGCGGUAUUGGAAUAUCUACAUGCUGAUCAUCUUUGUUGUGACACAUCAGGUCGUUUGGGGAAACCAUCCGAAGGACAGCAAGAUGUUUCUCGUGCUCUUGUACUUCGCUUUGCCCUUAGUGGAUGUACUUUUGUCUGCAGAAGUGAGCGGGCUGCCUGGAGGGGACCGCCUGGACUGCGUGAAAGCCAGCGAUCAGUGCCUGAAGGAGCAGAGCUGUAGUACUAAAUUCAGGACACUGAGGCAGUGUGUAGCCGGCAAAGAGAGCAACUUCAGCCGGGCCACGGGCCUGGAGGCGAAGGACGAAUGCAGAAGCGCCAUGGAAGCUCUCAAGCAGAAAUCCCUGUACAACUGCCGCUGCAAGAGGGGCAUGAAGAAGGAGAAGAACUGCCUGCGCAUUUACUGGAGCAUGUACCAGAGCUUGCAGGGAAAUGACUUGCUUGAAGACUCCCCUUAUGAGCCAGUCAACAGCAGACUAUCAGACAUAUUCAGGCUAGCACCAAUGGUAUCAGUGGAGCCAGUACUUUCAAAGGGGAACAAUUGCUUGGAUGCAGCCAAAGCUUGUAACCUAAAUGAUACCUGCAAGAGGUUCAGAUCUGCUUACAUAACCCCCUGCACCAGCAGCACGUCCAAUGAGAUCUGUAACAAGAGGAAGUGUCAUAAGGCCCUGCGGCUCUUUUUUGACAAGGUCCCCCCAAAGCACAGCUACGGGAUGCUCUUCUGCUCCUGUCGAGACGUAGCCUGUACAGAGAGGAGGCGGCAGACUAUUGUUCCUGUGUGCUCAUAUGAGGACAGGGAGAAACCAAACUGCCUGAAUUUACAAGAGUCCUGCAAGAAGAAUUACAUCUGCAGAUCUCGCCUUGCAGAUUUCUUCACCAACUGCCAGCCCGAGUCACGCUCCGUUAGCGGCUGUCUGAAGGAGAACUACGCGGACUGCCUGCUCGCUUACUCGGGGCUCAUCGGCACUGUGAUGACACCGAACUACAUCGACUCCAGCAGCCUCAGCGUGGCCCCGUGGUGCGACUGCAGCAACAGUGGCAACGACGAGGAGGACUGCAAGAAAUUCCUGAAUUUCUUCCAGGACAACAUAUGCCUUAAAAAUGCAAUUCAGGCCUUUGGCAAUGGCACUGAUGUGAAUGUCUGGCAGCCAAUCUUACCAGUACAGACCACUACAGCCACAACUACAACAGCUUCCAGACUUAAAAACACAGGGUCAGAGACCACCAACAACGAAAUACCCUCCCACAAUGAUUCACCAGCAUGUGCAAACCUGCAGGCACAGAAGAAGCGAAAAUCCAAUGAAUCUGUAGAUACAGAGCUCUGUCUUAAUGAGAACGCUCUGGGGAAGGACAACACAGCGGGAGUCUCCACCAGUCACAUAUCCACAGAGAAUUCCCUGGCUCUUCCUACCAGCUCCUAUCUAAGCACACAGCUCACCCUGAUGGCACUUGCACUCUCACUCUCUCUGUCCCUAAGCUCAUCAGUUCUCUUGUAGCUGCAUCACAAAAGGACGUGUUAAAAAAAAAAAAAAAGUCAAAAAAAAAAAAAAAAAUCUGUUUGCUGUCCUCUGUUGUUUAUCUGGAAUUCCAGGUCUGGGAGCAAAGUUGAGGCACUCCUGCUAGAACAGUCUCAGUCAGCUGGAAUUUUAUUCUUUUUUUCUCUCUAAAAAAAAGCUUCUUGUGAUAUUUAGAGGCUUUGUGAAAUACUUGGUGCAGUGCUACAUUCCAAACCCAAAAGGCUUUUGGGCAUGCUGUGUUUUAAAGAGACAGUGUGUAAAUUUGCCUGUAAAGCAACCUGGUUGGAUUAUUUUAAUAAUUAUUAUUAUUUUAAUUCUGGCUUUUACCUGAGAAAGAAGAUGAUGGUUUUCUUAAAAUCUUGUUUAUCUCAUUGAAUGGUUUUGGUUUUCAAAUUGUUUGAACUUCAGACUAUCAAGGAUGCCAGACUUUUGUCUAAUGGUGAAUGUUCUCCCAGAGAGUGGACUUUAUGAAACUUCUUCAUUUGAUAAAUCGCUACUGAUGUUAAACUCUUCCAGUGUGUUAGCAUUUUCCUCUUUAAAUGUUUAUGUACUGUAAGUGAUUCUGCGUUCCCUGCUGAGAAGCCAUUAUAAUUCACAUACAGGUAUAAUGUAUGUCUUUCUGUUAAAUUCUCAUAGAGUGUGGCGUAGAACCUUCUAACAGUACAUUUAUCUUUUAAUUAUAAUCAUCUAGCCUUAACAAGAGUGAAGAUUCUUUACAUUAGCAAGAUGCAGCCAUUGUGAAAGCUUGAUAAAGAUACAUUUCUUUAAAUAUGAGGAACAAAUAUUGCUACAGGGUUUCAGCUGUACAGUCUAUGGUCUUCUAUGCUUCCAUUGUGAUAAUAUAGUCCAGUUAUUAUACUCUUUGUUUAAUAAAAUAUGACAUACAAUUUGUUUGCUCUGCUAAAACAUCAUCAUCUGUUUAUACAUACCUGAUAAUGCCAGAUCAAACAGCUACAGGAACUUCAUGCCUUACUUCUCUUAUCAAAACAUUGUAGAGGGACAAGAGGUAGGUAGUAGGAUAUCAUUUAAACCGUGUUUUAUUUCUUAGAACUGCUAAAAUCAACACAAAAGGAUGAUUGAUCCAAUUGCAAGGCAGCACCAUCCACAUGUACCCAUGUGAUUGGCUUUUCUCACACUGGUAGAUCCUACCACAGACCUUGGCAUUGCUGACAUGAUGAACUGUUUGCAAGACCAGCUCCAUAAAUUAAUUUAAUGGUUUGGAUGGCAGUGUUACCAAUACACAUGAUUUAAUGGCUUGGUUCCACUCAGUGGCAUUGGCAGCCUGCGCUGGCUCACGAUGAUUUCCUGCAGUAUCUAGAAGGAAUUUUUUAAAGCUUUAAAUGUCAUCAGAUAGGCAGCAUUUCUCCUAAGGGCUGUCUUUAUACCUUACUGUGAUGGCUUGUUGACUGUUACAAGCAGUUAUGUCUAAGUGAUCAGCAGUAAUCAGUUUUUGUUCCUGUUGAAGUCAAAGAUAACUUCUGCAAGCAAGGAGUUCAUCAUGUUGAAUGUACAGAUUUACUCUGAGACUUACACAAUUAUGCCCUGUCCUGUUCUGAAAUGUCCAGACCAGUCAUUUGCAAUACAACUAUAAAGUAGAAAUCACUAUUUUAUAAACUGCAUUGAGUUUUGAGUGUGCAAAAUACACAUCUUGCUAAGAGACUAUUAAACCUAUUGACGAGUUCGUCUUUUGAGAUUUUUCUUGGCUAAUAAUAAACACUUUCAUAAAUUUUGAAAUUCAUUUAUGUACUUUUGAUUAUGGUCACAUAAUACAGGUUUCAAAGCGAUUUGCAUGUGAUAGAAUUCUACAAUACUCUGUGCCACUGAACAUAACAAAUUAGACAAUAUUACUUUUUAAUUCUGUGUUGAUAAGAAACUGAAAAUUACUUUCAAAGGCAGCAGAGCUUCUUUUGGAGAAGAGAUAUAUAGACCAUCAUUACCAGCAAAGCCCAUGUGGUUCCUGUUGCUCUUCUUGUAGAAGAUAAUCAAAUUACUGAAAACUAGUGGCAGCAGAAAAAAGAUCAUGAGAUUCAUGAUUUUUAAAAUUAAUCAAAUUCUUUUAUGUCAAAAGGAGUUGAUAGUAUAACCUAUUGAAAUGCUAAUGAGCACAGCAUUGUAAUUCAGAAGUCUGCCAUUAUCCAAUUAAAAAUACUUUCAAAACAAAUUCCUAAACAUUAUGAUUAUUAAAUCCAUCUUUGAUCCACAAAUCUUUCUGUAAAAUAUCAUUUGUAUUCAGCACAUAUAACAUUUUAGCCAGUAUCGGGAAUUUUAAUAAUCUCCCAGUAUAGUAUAUAUUUUAGGAAGAUUUUUUUAAUGUUUGCUUUGUUUGCAGUAUCUCUCUUGCAUUUAAUACCAAUUAUUAGAGCUUUGACACUGUCUGAUCCAGAGUAAAAACUAUUGAUCACUUACACUGUAAAUAACAACCUAAUAAGCUUCUAAUUACAAAAGAAACUGCUGGUUAUAUGAGUCAAUGAGAGUUACUUUUGGAAAUAAAAUUAAUACGUAAUAGAGGAGAGUGGUGGUUUUUACAGGUAGCCAAAAAAGCUCAACAGGGCACUUAAGCUUUUUGUCCUGUAAAUUAAAAGUAUACUGAAGUCCUAAUUUAAAAAUUAAAUUGCUUAUUAAACAUGCAGAAAGGAAUAAAAUACCCUUAGUAGUGUGACACUUUACAUGCAUCACCAUGUAAAUAUUGGAGGAUUUUUCGAAGUUGCAUGUGGUGUGGAUGAUGUCAGUUUAGCAUGGUGACCUUGCCAAUGCAGUCACAUGCUGCAGUACUGAAUUAUGCAAAUUGUUCAAUAUUUUUUUUUCCCCUUUCAGUCACUAAAAUACCAUGUGUUGAGUGCUUAAUGAACAAGCUUAGCCUGGGCUUUAUAUAUCCCUUUAAAAGAUUAAUUUUUCCGUAUAACAAUAAUAUAGGGACUGUCCAAAUAAAGAUGUACAUAGAGAUGAUCUCCUGUUCCAGUUGUAAAUCUCACCAGUUCAAUUGCGUGUAAAUUAAAUCAUGGGCUACCAUAAACACAUCCAAAUCAUCUUGUACUGGAACAGACACUGUCAUUAGUAUUAUUAAUACCAUGUUUAUGCUUCUUUUUAAAAGUAGUGCACAGAAAGGUAAAAUUGAGACUGAACUGAAAUUUAUGGCUGAGAUCUUGCAGUAGCCAGCCUAACUCUUAAUUCCACAAGCUGUUCCAGUGAAAGAGGCACUGAAGGUGAACCUUUCAGAUAUUUGCAAGAAUAAGAGCAGCUGAGGUUUGCCUUGUCCCAGUGUGGCUGGUGGCACCACCAGCAGGCAGCAGCCCCAAGGAGUGACCAUGCAGGGACUUGGUCAGUGGUGAGGGGUGCAGCCCUUGCUUCACUGACCCUGAGAUGCAGCUCCUGCAGGAGGAUGGGGAUGAGGUGCUGAGCUCUGAGCAGGAGCUCUCCAUUUGUCCAUCUGUCCGUCUGUCUCCACCACGGCUCUGGCCACUUCCCAUUGAGCAGCUUCAUUCCCACUGUGUCAGUAGGAAGAAUUAGGAGGAACUGGAAUUAUUAAUCAUUUCAAAGCAUGUCUAGACACACUCUUGUCUGGAGACCUGUUCCCAGGCUUUUUUCUUCUUUUUUUUUUUUCCCCCCAGUGAAAUUACAUUCCUCUACAGACCCAGCCUUUUGAACGUGAGUGAUCACAAUUUGUUGCAGUUCAAAUCAGUACUGAAAACAUGAAAGUAUCUACUUUUGCAGAGCCUGUGCAAUGAGGCUGGAGAUCAAGAAAACAAAGCAGGAAUCACCUUGAAAUCUCAAUUUAAUUAAAAUUUGCAAUUGUUGGCUAAUCACUAUGAUAUUUCCAUGGAGUAAAGAUGGUGAGAAACCAGUGAAGUAGAAGAGCAAAACUCAGAACAGCUCCCUGAAGGGACGUAAAUCUUAUGUAUGUCAAGUGACAGGAGUAUCUCAUAUUUAGCUUCUAAUAAGAGAGCUGGAUUCUGCUGCAACAGCAGCUCCUUCAGAGCAAGCAGUAAAAGAUGGAAGCACAAGCAGUUAUUCAUACAAUUAUAACUUUCUUUCAUAAAAUGCAAUUCUUUGUCUUCAAUACCAAGGUGCAUCUACCUCACUGAAAAAUAUAUGUUCAAUAUAUGACAUUAUUUCUUUCUGCAUUAAACUGUUCUGCAUUCUGCAUGUUCUGCAUUAAAACUGUUCUGGGCUCAAGAGGCCUCCGGGGUUAUUUUAUGCCCACAAGGUUAGUGAGAUUGUACCUGAUGUCCCUGAGAUCAAAUAGAAAUAUAUUUGGUUCUGAUG